AUGAUCUACUUGAUGUGUAAGAUUGCACCCAAUUUUGAAGCAUUGAACUUCCUUCCACAAUUCGAAUUCAAUUACUCGACCGCUCAACGUGUAGUACCAUUGACCGUUGUCUUAACACUCAUGAUCGUUUUCAAUAAUCUUUGUUUAGAAUACGUUGAAGUUUCAUUCUAUCAAGUUGCUAGAUCACUUACUAUUUGUUUCUCAUUGGUUUUGACCUAUGUCAUUUUGAAGAGUAAGACAUCAUUCAACGCUAUGAUUGGUUGUGCCAUUGUCUUUUUUGGAUUCAUCCUUGGAAGUAUUGGUGAAGUCAACUUCUCAUGGUAUGGUAUCAUCUUUGGUUUGUUCUCUAGUUUCUUUGUCGCACUCUACUCGAUCUACGUCAAGAGAAUACUUCCAGUUUGUGAAGGAAAUGAAUGGAAAUUAUCAAUUUAUAAUACAGCUAUUUCUAUUGUUUUGAUUUUACCUUUGAUUGGACUCAGUGGAGAAGCAAAGACUUUGAUGGACGAACCGAUUCUCUAUACCGGUGAAUUUUGGAUGGUAAUGACAAUCGCAGGUGCAAUGGGAUAUCUCAUCAGUAUUGCUAUUUUCAUGCAGAUCAAACAUACUUCACCACUGACCAACGCAAUCUCUGGAACCGUCAAGGCAUGUGUACAGACUAUUUUAGCCGUUAUGAUUUGGGGAAAUCCAAUUUCAUUCCAAAAUGGAUUUGGUAUAUUUUUAGUUAUUGCAGGAUCAUUCUAUUAUUCAUAUGUUAGAUAUCAAGAAAUGAAAAAGUAUCGUUUUUCAUUGAUUGAUUAG